AUGCCGCCAUCGACCCGUUCAGGCGGUAAAGCCCCUCCUUCGCGCGUCUACCACUCGACGCCGACCCUCAAGCAAGUGCAGUUCCCAGCGCGACGGCGCGUGGCGAAGAGCUACAGCACCAAGAAGAUUUCACCUCGGCUCGACGAGCUCCCCGAUAGUGAAGGCGAUGGUCUCGAGGACGAGGAGGUCGAGGAAGACAAAGAGAACGGUGGCGCCAGCAGCAGCAGCAGAAAGCCAGACAGAGCCCUGGCAAAGGGGAAACAGAGAGCAGGACUGAGGGACCCAAAGCAGAAGACACUCACGCAGAUUGAUUUUGUGUCGAGCAGCAGUCUGUCCGACGUUCCGUCCUAUGCAAUGUCAGAGUCGGAGCCGCCGACGCCUAAGAAACCCGUCGUGAGCGGCAAGGGCAGCAAGAACAAGACUAAGAUCAAGACCACCGCGACUGCGAAGAAGACGAAAACGACAGCGACUAAAGCGAAGAGGCGACGCACACUGGGCGACGAGGCUGAGGAAGAGGAAGAUGUGUCCGACAAGAAAGGCAAGGCCAAAGGCAACGGCAAGAGGAGAAGGACGAUGGGCGACACGCCCUGGCACACGCAGACGCUCACACAAUAUUAUACGUGCGAUGCUGUUGUUCAGGACUCGGAGGACGACGAGGGGUUCGAUGACUGGCUGGCGGCCAGCCCUAGUAAGCCCAAGAGAGCGGGCACAUCCCCGAGAAAGGUCGAUCUGGCAGAGUACGACGCGGAUCCGACUGAACCACCCAGACGUAAUGCGUCCGCGGCGAAACCCAAGAAGAUCACAUGGACCGAGGACCCGUCAGCUUAUGCGGCGGACGGCAAAGGGCCCGAAACUCCAAGUAAAAGGGUGCGUCCAGAGAGCUCUGCUUCAAGUCCGGCUUCCGUGCCCAGAUCGAUAGAGCUUCUGUCGCGCUACGGAGCCGCGAAUGACAAGCCCACCCCUAGCAAGUCGUCGGGUGUUAUCAGGGAACUCGGGUCGCUAGAGAUGGUGAGAGUGGGAAAGAUGGUCAUCGAGGACUCGUUUGGCACUGCGAGCUGGGACUCGCCGGUGCGCCCUGUCGGUACGCCCCUGAAGGAUAUCACCGAGGAUGUCGUGGGCGAGAUGGCCAGCCCGUCGAGAGGACGGGGCAAGAGGCGCAUGGCUCUUGGAGCACUGGACCACGGGCGAGAGUCCAACAAGGAGAACCAAAGCGUGAAGAGUGACAAGGAUGAUGAGAGUGACAUGGGCAUCACGAUGGAGAUUCCUGAUUCAGAUGAGGAGGAGGACUUCUCUGAAGGGGACGACACCAUUGUUCCUGGUAUGCACCAAGUUGAAUCUGAGGUGCAUCAUGAUGAGGUACAGGAGAUAUCAGGGGGGGCUCAAGGAGCAUCCGUGGGGAACGAUUUCGAUGAAACCGUUGCCCAGUGUGAUCAAGCGCCCGUAACCGAGCAAAAGCCCGAAGGAGAGAAAGCUGCAAGCACAAGCACCAAGAGUCAAUCUAUCGAGACGACUGAUGCCUUUGAAAGAACGUCCAGCGAGGUAGCUGAAGUUUCUCAACCUCUCGCGGCCGACAUCUCACAAUUCCCUACGAAAGAGGUCUACGGAGAGCAAAACAAUCUGGAAUAUCUGGUUGAGAGCACCUCCGAGCUGAGCAGCGCGCCUCCCACCGAGGAACUCCAGCCAGAGCAAGGAGCAACCAGCCGCAUCCCGCAAUCGUCUACCGAAGCACCGCGAAAGACACCUAAAAAGCUUCAAGUCAUCAUCGACGACAACCCUGUUGAGAUCCAACAGCCCCUCUUCGUUGACGACAGCGAGGACGACGAAGAUGAGGCCGCAGACGACGGCGAUUACAAAACUGGACUCGAGACGCAGCAUGCCCUGGACGAGCUGGCCUCGUCCACGGACGACUUUGCCAAAUCCCAAUCCUCCCGCGAGCCAACCUCGACAGGCCAGCAGCCUCAGCACUCUACGCCGCCCACCGAGACAUCCUUCCAGACACCGGCUAGAAGACUACGCAAGCCUCUCGGCGCGGUUUCGCCCGGCAGCCUUACACAGCCUCUCGAGUCGCAGCGCCUACCGCGCAACAUCAUCCAGGCUCUGGUGGGCGAACCAGACACCACCACGGACAUCCUCAUCCCUCUUCCCCCCACACAGCUCGCCGCACUCAUAUCCGGGCACUCACUGCACGUUUCUUUCCCCUACAGAGUGCCCGUGACUGUACAGAGGCUUUGGUUCUUGAGCGAUAACCUGCUCCGCUACGGCGGUAUCACGCACCCUGAUGAUGAGGCUGUCAACGCAAGCGGGGAGAAACAGUAUCGGUACUACGUCAGCCAAGUCGUUGAGCUGAAUAACCCGCAUGAUGAGGAGUCUCUGCGCCACGAGGAAUGGAUUUUCGGGCCCGUAGGACGAUAUCAGUAUCUGCAGCCGGGACCUAUCCAGUCCAUCCUCGCCAAUCUUCAACGGGCGCUAUUCAGGGACGAUGCUGUGGGAGAAGCAUCGGACGACGAGGACGACGAGGACGAACAGCCGACGCAGGAAGUCACCCACCCCGCAGUCUCGUCACCACCCCCUGCUGCCACUGGCGAUGGACCAACGUCAGCCAACAGCAGCUUCUCCAUCUCCCAACAAGUCGAGGCACAGCUCAUGUCCGACAUGGCCACGCACAACACCAACCCGCCCUCAGAUGCUGCUGCUGCAACCCCUGCUCCACCAGCCGGGGACGACGACAUCCUCGUCCCUUCUACACCUCUCAAGCGCCGCACGCAGCACCUCAACGCUGACAAUGACACUGUGGUGCGCGCUUCGCAGGCCACGACGGCUUCGCAGGCUUCUACGCCCUCGCAGACACCGAGACGCUCGGCCAGAGCAGCCAGGACACCACGACCUGCGGCCCCGACGUUGAGACGGCCUGCGACGCAGAGCUCUGGCAGCACAGUCGCAUUCCCGGAGCUCUCGUCCCCGCCAUACUUGAUGAACGUGUCCUCGGCAGGGCGUGAUGGGUCGCUACUGUUGCGUUCCUCGCAGCUACUGACUAGAAGUCAGAUGCUGCCCGACAGUCUGAUCAGGGGGGACGACAGAGCGCCGCCCGUGAUGUGGGACUCGGAUGGCGAAGAAUCGUGA